CGACAAUACAUCUGGGGUUAAUCUAUUACAGUACCAGCCCAGAAAUCUGUACCCUUGAGACAAUGCCCUCUGUUGUUAAGUUAUUGGUGGCAGUUUUCGCGGUUGGCUCUGUAACUGGGGAGGACUUCAACAUCUUGCACCACCUUGGAGGCAACGGACAAUGGUUUCCAGGUCCCGAGGUGACCGGCCUUUCGUCUGAAGUGCCUGCAGGUUGUCAGGUUGACAUGGCCGCUUUCUUCUCGCGACAUGGCAGCCGUUAUCCAGACACUGGCGCAUAUAACGAAUGGCUUGAUCUGUACCAGAGGAUACAAGCAGCUGGGACUUUCAAUGUUACUGACAAGAAUCUUGACUUUCUCAAGACGUGGAAACCUGUACUACUUCAUCCAGAGCGGCAAAUCGCUCAUAUUUCCCCAACUGGCUACAAGGAGCUCCAUGACAUGGGCUCCACAUGGCGGCUCCGUUAUCCAGACCUCUACGAGUACAACAGUCCCUUUACCAUGUGGGCCAAUUGGUACAAGUCGAGCCCGCGCGUACGCGACAGCGCACGACUGUACGCGCAAGGGUUCGUUGGCCCAAACGCCACUGAUCUUACUACGAUAUAUGCGCUCAACAGUAGCGAUCCCACGUCAUGGAUGAACUCGCUUGCGACAAGCGAUCUUUGCAAAGCCUACAACGACGAGGGAGGCAGCCCAUACAAAGACCAGUGGGAUGCGAUCUAUCUGCCUCCAAUUCGCUCCAGGUUGAAUGCGAAAAUUCAGGGCUCAUUCAACUUCACUCAAUGGGAAGUUUCAAUCAUCCCCUAUCUGUGUGGCUUCGAGACGCAAAUCACUGGCCAUCGAAGUCCGUUUUGCGAGCUUUUUACUGAGAAGGAGAUCCUGCAGUAUGAGUACGCUCAGGACCUGCGAUAUUGGUAUGGCAACGGCCUCGGAUCCGAUAUCGAGAGGUAUCAAAUGCUCCCGAUAGUUGAGAUGGUCGCGCAACGUUUCAUUGACGGGCCUAACGCAACGUACAACACGGGUAACUCUAGCUUCGUUCCCCCAAAGAUAAUGGCAGCCUUCUCGAACGACGGGCAAAUUAAUCAAAUUAUCGCGGCUCUUGGUGUCUUUGAUGACGAACCUCAACUUCCUGGGAACACUACAGUUCCGAAUCGAAAAUUUAGGGCGAGCCGCCUUGUUCCUAUGCGAGGUACUGUUGCGUUCGAACGUUUGUUUUGCCCGGCCGGAUCCUUGAACUCCACGGGAGGGUAUACCAAGGACGCGCGACGACAGGCGUACAUGCGCAUUCGACUGAACGAAGUCGUGUAUCCGGUCGUUGGAUGCACAGAUGGACCAGGCUUGUCGUGUCCACUGGAGAAGUAUCAGAGCAUCCUACAGGGCAAGCUGGAAGACGCAGGGAGCUUCACAAAACUCUGCAAUGUGACGAAUCCCGAAUUUUCGAGUGCACCGAGUGCGACGUUCUUCAUGGACAACACGUUGUCAUACGCGACUGUUAUCAAGCCGUAGGUGUCAACAACUGAUUAGAUUACCCGUUAGAAGCGUAUAAAACGAUGUUCGUUGGUACUUUACUGUUAACAGAGCCACCAUUGACUCCAUCGUGAUUUCAUCCGGCUCGGCC